GAGAAGCUGAGACUUCUCAAGCAGCACCGUGUCUAAGAAGUCGCUUGUUGAUUGUUUGAGAAGAGCAUGAAGAUGAUGACAUAGCGAGCGCGUGAUGAGGAUGAGUGCGUGUGAAGUGAGGGAGAGCUAGUCAGAGCUUGUUAGAGUGGCAAAUAAAGCCUUGUACUAACAUCAUUACAACCCAAGUGAAGACCCAAGAUACCCUUCCUGCGGUGAGAUGGCUGCAGACCUGCCGAAGGACCCGGCCGUUGUGUCGCUACAUGUUUCGCACGGUAUCGUAGGCGUUGGUGCGCUACGCUGUUCAGCUCACGCUCGGCAUCUGCUCGCCCAGGGCUGCAGACUCAAGUCGCUAAAGUCGCCUAGAGUACCUCAGCCUCUUUGAAUAAGACACAGAUUGCGGUCGAUCUGCUGCUCGCCAUCCCGGCCCAGUUGCUGCGCCAUCCAGCCAGAUGAAAGUGAGGACCCUGCUGAGUCUUUACACCCAUUUUGCGGUGUCCCCGACCUUUACCUCACGGCUCUGUUGUCGAUUCCAGAGUACCCCUACGUAAGUGAAGUCAUGCUGUUGUAGCUUUUCAUCGCCCAUCAGCAGUUGGUCUGUAAUCGGAACGUUCAGCGAAUCAAGACCAUGAGCGUCCGAGUGGUUUGAAGGGCAGAUCAGUGCUUGAAGGUUGAUUGACACAGCUAUGGUAGCCCAGACGCACCACCAAAGA